AUGACCAUCCCAGGCAAAGACUUGUCGAACAAGGAUGUCGAGGUCCGGCAGCAAAAUGAUAGCAGCAGCCUCAAUGCUGCGGAGAUCGCAGUCGAUCCCCAGGAACGAGCAGUAUUGUCCAAGUUCGACAAGUUCGUGAUGCCGCAGAUGGCGCUGCUCGUCCUGUUCGCUUACCUUGACCGAACAAACAUCGGCAAUGCUCGCGUGUUUGGUUUGGAAGAAGACACGGGUAUGAAAGGCACCGACUUCAACGACAUCUCCAUGUACUUCUACAUCUCCUAUGUGGUCUUCGAGACGCCCUGGGUUAUGGCCGUAAAGAGGCUGGGUCCAGGUCGCGUUCUUGCCAUCGCGAUCGUCAGCUGGAGCGCCAUCACCAUCGGUACAGGUUUCAUCAACAGCUACGGUGAAGCCAUCGCCUUGCGAGUUCUUCUCGGCUUCUUCGAGGCCGGCCUGUUCCCCGCCUUGAUCUACGUCAUAUCAGAAAUCUAUCCUCCAGCGUCCCAGGGCAAGCGUGUGGCAGUGCUCUACAUCACCAUCGCGCUGUCCGGUGCACUGGGCGGGUUAUUCGCAUAUGGUGUCCAAAGCAUGGGCGCACGCCACGGACUUUCUGCCUGGAGGUGGUUGUUCAUUGUCGAGGGUACAAUUUCGCUGGUCAUAGGUGUCAUUUGCUGGGUCAGUUUGCCGACCUCGCCAGAGACAGCUUGGUUCUUGAAGGACGAGGAGAAAGCUGUCAUGAUGCGCAUCAAGCAACGAGAUCAGAUGUCUAAAGAGAAGACCUCGUUUUCCUGGCCACAGGUUGUCAUGGCCAUUACGGACCCCUUCGUCUAUCUCGCUUCCGUGGCACUGUUCUGCUCCUCAAUUGCCCUCUUUGGUUUUGGCACAUUUCUUCCCACUUUGCUGAAGGGUCUCGGGUAUACUUCUCUUCAGGCGAAUUACUUGAGCAUCCCGGUAUAUAUCCUUGCAUCCAUCUCAACCGCGAUCACAACAUUUGUUUCCGACAGAAUCAACCGCCGUGCUGUCUGUCUCAUACACUCCCCCGCAUUGGUCAUUUGCGGGUAUGCCAUUGCGGUUGGCACCGGCAACAAAGCCGCUGGAUUCUUUGCCAUGUUCCUGGUGGGCGCUGGUGUUUACUCCUUCAAUACUGUCCUCGUCACCUGGGUUUCGAACAACAUUCAACCCGACUACAAGCGCUCCGUUUCGAUUGCCAUGCUCAUCUCUCUGGCAAACGCUUCUGGCAUGGCCGCAUCCCAGAUUUACCCCUCAUACGAUGCCCCUAGGUACAUCAUGGGUAAUGCGGUGUCUCUUGGAGGAGAGGUUAUCGCGUUGAUUUGUAUUGGUUUGAUAUACGCUCUUCUGAAAUGGCGUAUGCGCCGGAAAGAGCGCCUGCUGGCCGAGGGGAAGGACAGCAACGGUAAGAAUGGCGAUCAAGCAUUGCACUUCCAAUACGUGUUCUGA